AUGGAUAGUUUUAUAAUUGUACAACAAUAUGCUGAUGGCGGAAACCUACGAAAUUAUUUUGAGACAAAAAUGAAACAGGAAAAUGGACUUCAUGAAAUUUUGUGGACUGAACUUAUCAAAAUGGCGAAAGACAUUUCCAAUGGGCUAAAAUAUUUGCAUGAUCAAAAUAUUGUUCAUCAGGACCUAUGGAGGAUCAACCUGAUCAUAAAAGAUUGGUCCAGUCAUUUCGUAUCACCACAUUAUUGUUGCAUUGUUGUUAUUCUCGCAGCAACACGUGUUGUCAAACGACUGAAAUGGCGUGUUGAAACUAUUAAUAAAUCUGAAGAAAUUGAACUUUAUGACUAUAACGAUUUUGAAAAUAUUGCGGAGGAUAAUUAUAACUGGAAAAGUUGUAAAAAAAAAGUUACUCUAAAUUAUAUAAAUAUUGAUCCAAGAAUAACUAAAGAGGGUUCUGGAAUAUAUAAAUGA